AGUUUUCAGUCGCGUUUAAUGGAAGAGUAACGGUCCAAAGAUACUCGUUUCUUAUGAGCUGAAUGAAGUUGGUGUCUCCCUUCCGCCACAAGACUUCAUCUUUGGAGCGGAUGGAGGAGGAAGAUGAUGAUGAAGAUGAUGAAUUGGACAUCUUUGGAGGUUACGACAGCUUCCGGGGCUACAACAGCAGCAUGGGCAGCGACAGCAGCUCAUGCCUGGAUGAGUCUAGUGAUGAUGAGGUGGUGGAUCGGGAAGCUGGAGAGCUUCCGACCUCCCCUGUGCACCAGCACCAGCCGUCCACAGGCCGACUGACAGAGGACAGUGGCUCUGAGCCAGCUGUGUGUGAGAUGUGUGGGAUUGUGGGCACCAGGGAGGCUUUCUUCUCCAAGACCAAACGCUUCUGCAGCGUCUCCUGCUCCAGAAGCUACUCCUCAAACUCCAAGAAGGCCAGCAUCCUGGCCAGGCUGCAGGGGAAGCCACCAACAAAGAAAGCUAAAGUGCUGCACAAGGCGGCCUGGUCUGCCAAGAUUGGGGCCUUCCUCCAUUCACAGGGCACAGGACAGCUGGCAGAUGGGACGCUGACAGGCCAGGAUGCACUUGUCCUGGGCUUUGACUGGGGAAAGUACCUGCAGGAGCAUGGCUUCAAGGCAGCUCCCGUCAGCUGCUUCAAACAUGUGCCGCUCUUUGAUCAGUGGGACGAUGUGGUGAAGGGUAUGAAGGUAGAAGUGCUGAACAGUGAUGCCGUGCUGCCCAGCCGAGUAUACUGGAUUGCCUCCGUCAUCCAGACUGCAGGGUACAGGGCCCUUCUGCGAUAUGAGGGUUUUGAGAACGAUGCCGGCCACGAUUUCUGGUGCAAUUUGGGCACAGUGGAUAUUCACCCCAUUGGCUGGUGUGCCAUCAACAGCAAAAUCCUGGUGCCACCACAGAGUAUCCAUGCCAAGUACACUGACUGGAGGGGUUACCUCAUGAAAAAGCUGGUGGGAGCCAGGACUAUCCCUGUGGAUUUCCACAUCAAGAUGGCGGAGAGCAUGAAGUACUCAUUCCGGCAAGGCAUGCGAGUGGAGGUGGUGGACAAGAACCAUGUGUCCCGGACCCGCAUGGCAGUAGUGGACACAGUGAUUGGGGGCCGACUGAGGCUCCUCUACGAGGACGGCGACAGCGAUGAUGACUUCUGGUGCCACAUGUGGAGCCCUCUCAUCCAUCCUGUGGGCUGGUCACGGAGGGUGGGCCACAGCAUGAAGAAGACGGAAGAAAAGCGCACUGAUAUGGCGAACCAUCCCACUUUCCGGAAGAUUUACUGUGAUGCUGUCCCCUAUCUCUUCAAGAAGGUACGAGCUGUCUAUGCUGAAGGCGGAUGGUUUGAGGAAGGCAUGAAGCUGGAGGCCAUUGACCCUCUCAAUCUGGGCAACAUUUGCGUGGCCACUGUUUGUAAGGUCCUCUUGGACGGAUAUCUUAUGAUAAGCAUUGAUGGAGCCACGUCUGCAGAUGGCUCUGACUGGUUCUGCUACCAUGCCUCUUCGCAUGCCAUCUUCCCCGUCAACUUCUGCCAGAAGAACAGCAUUGACCUGACCCCUCCAAAAGGGCAAGAUGCAAAGACCUUCAACUGGGACAGUUACCUGGAAAGGACUAAGUCAAGACCUGUUCCAGCACGGCUCUUCAACACGGAUUGCCCAAACCAUGGCUUCAAGGCAGGCAUGAAAGUGGAAGCAGUGGACUUGAUGGAGCCCCGGCUCAUUUGUGUGGCCACAGUGAAGCGUGUGGUCCACCGCCUCCUCAGCAUCCAUUUUGAUGGCUGGGACAGCGAGUACGACCAGUGGGUGGACUGCGAGUCUCCGGACAUUUAUCCUGUGGGGUGGUGUGAGCUGACAGGUUACCAACUUCAACCGCCUGUUGCUGCAGAGCCCACAACUCCAGUGAAGGCCAAGGAGGUGCCCAAGAAGAAGAAGAAACCCUAUGGAAAGAAGAGAAAAAAGUUACCUGCCAAAACCCGCACCGUCAAGCAGACUGCCAAGAAGCUUCCUGGACCGAAGACAAAACGAGAAGCGAAAGCUGCCAGCAAGGCUUUGCCGGAGCCAGCCCCCGAUGAGAUCAUUGCCGUGCAGGUGAAAGAGGAAACCAUCGACCCCUCCAUGGCAGAGUUUGGAACCUCAGAGCUUCCCAUUCCCAUCAGCAGCAUAAAGCAGGAGGUCACAGACUGAAUCUGAAGCGUCCCCCAGCUGUCCUCAGCAGCCUGUGCUUCACCUUGUGGCUCUUUGGGGAAGGCCCUAACAAAGCAGAGCAGGAGACCAAAAGGGCCCUCCUUUGUCAAGGCAGGCCACCCUGCAACAUCACAGCUCUGCUUUCUUGGUGUGCAAGAGGAUUUCCCCUAAGCCUUGUGAUUUUAAGCCCUGGGAAAUGGACUCCAGAAAGGCAGCAGGCUUGCUGACAAACAUGGCCAGAGUGACUGUGGAGGUUGUGUGUGCCUGGCUCCGAAGGUGUGUUUCUGAGCAGGAGACCCCAGUGGGGCUGUCACAGCACGAAGGGGCAGUUUGGGAUGUCAGCUGUGGCUGGAGGUGGUGAGCCGCAAUCUGAAGCUAUGUGCAAGUCCCGUGAGUCAGGAAAUCAGCUGCUCUCAUCAAAGGACAUCUGUGCUGUGCCCCCCACUGUAGGCCACGCAACCCCUGAGAGAGCUGGGAUCGGAAGAGAAAAGGAGAUGAAAAACAAAGAAAAAGGAAAGAUGAUGCCUCUUGGGGGAGUGAGAGACUUUUUCAAUUAAUGUCACUUCUUGCUAUUGACCCCAGAACUGCAGAGUACAUGAUGCACAGUUUGAAUUUUUUAUUUUUUAGUAGGCCCUCUGUAAACUUGACCAAUGACCUGUACCCUAAAGCCCUGUGGAUUAAACUGAGAAAGAGGCCAAAGGCUUGUAUGUUGCUUUCUGGGUCAGCAAAAUACCAGGAUUAGCCAAGAUGGGGAGAAGAGGGCUGACAGUGAGGACACUACAGAGUGCUGUUGAGCUCAGGCACAGGAUGGCAAGACAGGGCACAAGUCUCGGGUCAGAGUGUGUCCAGGUGAGCAAAGAACAUCAUGUUUCCUGAAUCUCCCUAAAACCUGUCUCUAAUCCUGACUCAGCUGCUUCUGGUUACCAGCCUCUCCCCCCACACUUGUUUCCUCCUGCCACACAGGUGAGAAAGUGCUGUGCCUGCCUGGCCCACAGCUGGGCACUGGCUGGCUGUUGUGGAAGUGCCUUGUGGAAGCCCCCCAGGAAAACAGCAUCUCUGAGCAGGGAGUUUGCCACAAAGUGUCUGCCCUUGGUGAUGCUCCCUCCACAAACUUCUGGGCAAGAAUCACAGCUGGCCCGGGAAGCUCAGGUCCUGGCCCUUGCUGGCAAUUGCUAAGCUUGCUGCUUCCUGCAGGAAACCAGUUUAAACUGGUUUGGUCCCAGAGUGGGGGAGACUGGAGGUAGAAGCAUGACUCUACUAUGGCAACCACACAACCAGCUCAGCUGCCCCCACUACUGAGACCAACCACCAGUCCCUGCAUGUUUUCUAAAGGGAGAUGGAAGAGAAGGGGGGGAAAAGAAAGAAAAAAGCCAAGUCACUCAGAAAGGAAAUAAUGGAUAUUUAUUGGAAAGGAGUGCACAGACAAACAAAUUGGGCGGGUGGCUUCUCCAAGGGGAGGUCAUGGUAAAUUCCUGAAGCUAACAACAAAAAAUACUGGUGCCUGAAGGACGUGUAUUUCUGCUUGAAACUUCUAGAAAUUAGUGCAGGGUAGGAAAAGAAAGAGGGAAAGAAAAAUAUUUGAUAUAGAUUUUGGAUA